AUGGAGUUUAUGUGCAGUGUUACAAGCAAAAUGGGAGAGAAAAAAAUGUUGAUAGUAUGCUUGUGUGUGGAUGAUCCGCUUGUUACUGGAAGCAGUGUGGAGAAAAUCACUAAUUUUAAAGACCAGAUGCUGCAGGAAUUUGAAAUGAGUGAUUUGGGGCAACUGAGCUAUUUUCUUGGAAUUGAGUUCACCAAAAUUGAUGAAGGGAUGUUGAUGCAUCAGUCCAGGUACGCAUUGGACAUGUUAACUAAGUUUAACAUGCUUCAUUGUAACUCUGCUAAUACCCCAACAGAGGUGGGUGUGAAGCUUGAGAAGGAUCCUGAAGAAGAAGUUGUUGAUCCUACUGAAUACAGGAGAAUGGUUGGAAGCCUAAGGUACUUGUGCAAUACUAGGCCAGACAUUUGUUACAGUGUGGGCUUGAUUAGCAGAUUCAUGCAUAAUCCUAGAGUUUCUCACUUGAAUGCUGUGAAAAGGAUUCUGAGGUACCUAAAAGGUACUUACAAGUAUGGAAUUUUGUUGACUAAAGGUGAACCAGGAGGAGAGGUGCGAGUUACUACUUACUCAAACUUAGAUUGGUGUAGAGACAAGGGUGAUAGGAAGAGUACAACUGGGAACGUGUUUUUCUUGGAAGGAGCACCAAAUUCAUGGAGCUGUACAGAGGAACCAGUUGUGGCUCUUUCAUCUUGUGAGGCAGAGUACAUUGCAGCAUGUGAAGCUACUUGUCAAGCAGCUUGGCUUGAUUCGUUGAUGAGGGAAUUGAAGAUUGAAGUUAAAGGGAAGGUUAGACUGCUUGUUGAUAACAAGUCAGCCAUUGACCUGACUAAGCAUCCUACAUCGCAUGGUAGGAGCAAACAUAUCGAGACGCGUUUUCACUUCAUCAGGGAGCAAGUCAGCAAAGGAAAGCUCGAAGUGUUAUACUGCAGAUCCGAAGACCAGAUUGUAGAUAUACUCACUAAGGCGUUGAAAGGAGAACACUUUCUAACACUUAGAAAGCAGAUCGGAGUGAGAAAGACAGAGAUCGGAGUAGAUCAACAGAAAGAGGUCGCGAAAACCUAG